AUGGCUAGUGGUGCCAGUUCUCCGUGUGGUGCAUGCAAGUUCCUCCGCCGGAGGUGCGUCCCCGAGUGCGUGUUUGCACCAUACUUCUGCUCCGACCACGGUCCGGCCAUUUUUGCCGCCGUUCACAAGGUUUUCGGGGCAAGCAACGUCUCAAAGUUGUUGCUACAACUUCCGGUCCACCAACGGUUCGGCGCUGUCUUUUCUAUCGCUUACGAAGCUCAAGCAAGAAUGGAAGACCCCAUCUAUGACUGCCUCUCCUACAUCAUUGCUCUGCAACAACAGGUGUUGAACCUACAAGCAAAAGUGAUGGAAGCGAGAGCUCUGCAGGCACAGUACUUGCUGAAUUCAAUGAACGCCGGAAAUCAAUGGGCGACUACGACGGUGGGAGGGCUGCCGGAGCCGUUUUCGGCAGCUGAUCAGAACGCGACAAACCCCCGGUAUUCCGUUGAUCAUUUCAACGAUGGAGGGUUUUGGCCACCAGAGAUGUAUACCGGAGAGGAAGCGGUUCUGUUUCCGGCUGAAGGGAGUAACAUGCAGAGAGAUUCGCCCUCAGACUUGGGUGAACUCCAAGUUUUAGCGCUAAAAAUGACCAAAACCGAGCCUAGGUUCUAG